AAAAUGGUUAAAAUAAUUUUGGUUGUAGUUGGUUUUGUGGUUUUGUGUGGUUUGACCGAAGGGAAAGUAACAAUGAAACAACUAGAAGCAAAUCAAAAAUUAAUUCGAAGAAUUUGUCAACCUAAAUAUAACGUAAGCUCAGAACUGAUCGAUGGAAUGAGACAAGGAAAAUUUCCACAGGAUCACGAUCUCAUGUGCUACGUUGGAUGCGUGAUGAACUUUACACGUUCGACAAAUGUAGAUGAUGCAAUCAAAAAUCUGGACAUUUUUCUACCAGAAGAAUUGAAAGAGCCAACCAAGGCUCAAAUUUUGGCUUGUAAAGAUGCACAUUUGAAUUUUUCGGAUAAAUGCGAAGCAGCCUACAAUACCUUAAAAUGUAUGACAGAAUUUGAUCCAAAUAAUUAUGUUUUUCCUUAA